AACCCUGGAAACAAUCUUCAUGUCUCAAACUUAAGUCACCGUGUUGAUACGCGUGACCUUGAAGCGGUGUUCGCUAAAAUUGGCCGUGUCAAAAAGGCUUCUGUCAUGUACGACCCGCAUACCCGCGAGUCUCGUGGGUUCGGAUUCGUCACCAUGGAGACUUCUGAGGAGGCAGACGCUGCCAUCACUGCGCUCAAUGCGACUGAAAUCAUGGGGAAAAUUGCCACCGUAGAAAGA